AAAUAAGGUAAUCGUCCAGAAUAGGGAUAAUCGUCGAGACUAGGGAAAGGAGGAGAACCUUACUCUCACUCCCACCGCGCACAUCCACAACCAUUACUUUCGGCUUGGCGUCGCCGCUUCCGCCACCUCCGUUGUUUUGCAGCUGAUUUUAGAGUGUUUUCUCUGAAGCUUUAGAAAAUCCGAUAGGAAUAUGGACACAGGGUUCCAGGCUAGUGGCAUUAUGUGGUUCUUCAAAGACAGAGGUUUUGAUGAUAAAAGUAUUCAUGAUAUGACCAAGAAGUGCAAGCGACUUGAUGAUGUUGAUAGGGAAAGGGCCUCAGAAACUUGGGAGUACUUGAAAAGCAUAGGCAUACCAGAGAGGAAACUUCCCGUGGUUAUUGGAAAGUGUCCGAAGAUUCUUACUCUUGACUUGCACGACAAACUUGUACCGAUGAUCCAGUGCCUUGCAACAUUGCAGACAAAACCAAAGGAGGUAGCUUCUGCCAUAACAAAAUUUCCACAUAUACUCGUGCACAGUUUGGAAGAGAAGCUCUGCCCCCUUCUUGCAUUUUUCGAAGGUCUUGGUGCUCCUGAAAAACAACUUGGUAAAAUGAUCCUGUUGAACCCUAGGAUCAUAAGUUACAGCAUUGAAUCCAAACUUUCUCAGAUGGUGGAUUUCCUUGCUGGCCUUGGUCUGUCCAAAGAUGGGAUGAUCGGUAAGGUUCUGGUCAAACAUCCAUUUAUCAUGGGUUAUAGUGUCGAGAAACGGCUAGGACCAACUUGUGAGUUUAUGAGAUCACUAGGUCUAACAGAGUCUCAGCUCCAAAGAACAGCAAUAAAUUUCCCAGAAAUUCUAUGCCGGGAUGUGAACAAAACCCUGAGACCUAAUGUUAUGUACCUUGAAUCGCGUGGGUUCAGUCCAAGCCAGAUAGCGGCAGUGGUAGGCGGCUAUCCUCCCGUCCUGAUCAAGAGCGCAAGUAACUCCUUGGGACCAAGAAUCAAGUUCUUGGAACAGGUAAUGGGAAGACAAAUUGACGAGGUUGCUGAGUACCCAGAGUUCUUUAGGCAUGGUUUGAAGGAAAAAUUAGAGUCGAGGCAAAAGCUACUAACACGAAAGGGCGUGGAAUGUAGCUUGAGUGAGAUGUUGGAAUGCAACCACAAGAAAUUUCUAUUGAAAUUUGGCGUGUAAAUUCUGAGUGAUUUGUUUCCUUUCUUCUUAGUUCUUAGGCGGCGUUUAUUUUGUUCUCUUAGAUCCCAAGGAGAGAUGAAUUGGUGGGGAUAGGCGCGUUAAGUUUUGAGUUGAGGGUUUAGGAAAUGAUUCAUGUUUUACAGCACUGUAAACUCAAUCAGCAUGUGUUAUAACUAAUACUUUAAAUUCUCAUUUCAUGUAUAUGAUAAUUCGCCGUUGUUCUGUAA